GGAAGUUCAAUAAAGAUUCACUCCACUUAUCUGAGACAGACACCAAAGAGCGGGCACUGUGUAUGAUUUUUCAUAUCGGGAAGCACAAGACCCCAGGAGCUGGUAAAAGAUGGGAAAAAAGAAAAAGGAAGAGAAGGAGGACCUCCCAGUAUCCAAAUGUCCUGAUAAUACGGCCAUCAAACAGCAGAGACUACCAGCCUGGAGACCUCUGCUAACUGCCGAGUCUGUGCUGAGCACUUUCUUCAUCAUUGGACUCUUUUGUCUGGCUGUGGGGAUCAGUUGGAUUGUAGCAACGACAAAUGUUAAAGAAAUAUGGAUAAAUUAUUCUGAUAGUUGCUCAGAAUGUACAAAACUGAGACUGAAUUCCUCCAAUUCAGAGAAGCCAUGCAGCUGUACUGUCAACUUCAGUGUGAAAGAGAACUUCCCGGGGGAUGUCUUUAUGUAUUAUGGACUCAGCAAUUUUUUCCAGAAUAAUCGCCGAUAUGUAAUAUCAAAAUAUGAUGCCCAAUUACUUGGGAGAAAUGUAACUAAUACGGAGAGCAUCCAAAAACUCAGCUAUUGUGCCCCAUUUUCAGCUUACAAUAAUGGAACCCCAAUGGCUCCCUGCGGUGCUAUUGCCAACAGUAUGUUUAAUGACACAAUAUCACUAUUCUAUCUUCCUGAUUCUUCUACCAAGAUCACAGUCCCUCUACUCAAGACAGGAAACACAUGGUGGUCUGAUAAGAAUGUGAAGUUUAAUAACCCCAAACCGCAAGACAACCUAAAACAGGCGUUUGCAGGAAGUGCAAGGCCUCACAACUGGCAAAAGCCUGCUUACGAACUCGAUCCCAACGAUCCCAAUAACAAUGGUUACAAAAAUGAUGACUUUAUAAACUGGAUGAGAGUGGCCGCAUUCCCGUCCUUCAGGAAACUCUAUCGUCGUCUUUCUCGUGUACAACCGUUUUCGAAUGGCCUCCCUGCUGGGAAUUAUACCUACGUCAUAGAUUAUAAUUUUCCAGUAUCAAGGUUUGGAGGAAGAAAAUAUGCAAUUCUAUCUACACUCUCUUGGUGUGGAGGAAGCAACAUGUUCCUGGGAAUUGCAUACACAGUGACUGGAGCUGCCAUCAUUUUAACAGCAUUUGUCAUGCUGGCUGUGCAUCUGAAGCAAAGACAAAAAAAGAAGAAAAGGCCAUUUUCUAAAAGAUAGAACUGUGUAGCACAAUUAUAACACCAGCUAUUAUCUGAUGCUAAUUUUAUACAUAUACUUUAAGGGAACCCACAGUUAGAAAGAUGUGGAGUGCAGCCUCCCUAUGUUUCCCAUUACAGUUCUUGAUAAAGUAAAAUACACCCAAAAUCAAUUAAGGAUGGACACCAGAAGACUGAAUACUCCUCCAGCUUC